GCCCAUUGGUCGGCUAGAGUCCAGCCUUUGUUCCGGCCGCCGAGGGGUGGCUGCUGCGGCGGGCGAAUCCGUCUUCCGUCCGCCGCUUCUGCGGGGGUGGUCCAGGGUCGGCCCUCCGCGAGUGGACGGGGUGACCGUCCCCACAGCUGCCGAACGCCGGGCCUGCGCCUCUCGGGCGUGGAGUCCGCGAGCCUCCUCGCAAAGCUGUGAGGCGUUUCUCCUCACAAAGCGGUGACCCUCGGGCUUCGUUGAGUGCUGACGGGCGCCGGCCGCUCCCCGACCCAGAGAGAACCGGGAGACCGACGGCCGGGGAGUCGCGUCGGCAGCGGGCACUUUCAGUCAGAGCGCAGAGCUGAGUCGGCCGUGUGCGCCCCGGUGCCCCUCAUCAGCGUGUGUGUGUUCACGGCAGCUUUCGUCCUUUCUCCGCCGCAACGGCGUUCUGUGACGCGGUUCCGAGAGGUUCUCCUUGGGGCCGCGCCGGACAGGGUUAAUCUCACGCGCAGCGCACGAUGGCCGCAGCCCCGGCACCCCCCGGACGAGGGCUAGCAGUAGUGAAGGCCGAGGACCGUCGUGGCGGACAGGACUGCGUCUCACAGCACUGCACCCCUCACAGGAGGGAAGUCUUCCGGCAGCACUUCAGGAAGCUCUGCUACCGCGACGCGCCCGGUCCCCGGGAAGCCCUCACCCAGCUCUGGGAGCUCUGCCGCCAGUGGCUGCGGCCCGAGUGCCACACCAAGGAGCAGAUUUUAGACCUGCUGGUGCUGGAGCAGUUCCUGAGCAUCCUUCCCGGGGACCUGCAGGCCUGGGUAGAGGCGCACCACCCGAGGACGGGCGAGGAGGCCGUGACCGUGCUGGAGGACCUGGAGCGGGAGCUGGACGAGCCUCGGAAGCAGGUCCCAGACAAUUCAGAAAGACAGGACACACUUUUGGGCAAGUUGACCCCCUUGGGAAGGCCCCAUGACUCACUGACUGCGCAGCUCCAUCCCAAGAAGAUUGAGCGGGAGCAGGAAUCUGGUGAGCCCCAGAGGAAUGGUGAUCAAACCAAAACUAAGAAUCAAGCAUUGUCCCAGAAGGAAGAUAUUCCCAAGGACACAGAAUUCCUUGGGAAGAUAAAUGACAGACUUAACAAAGACAUUCCUCAACAUCCUGAAUCCAGAAAUGCUACUGAAAGUGAGGGCAGAUUAGAGUGGCAGCAGAGGGAAAGAAGACGCUAUGCAUGUGAGGACUGUGGGAAAAGUUUCAGUCACAGCUCAGACCUUAGUAAGCACAGAAGGACUCACACUGGAGAAAAGCCCUACAAAUGCGAUGAAUGUGGAAAAGCCUUCAUUCAACGCUCCCAUCUCAUUGGACACCACAGAGUGCACACUGGAGUGAAACCCUAUAAAUGUGAAGAAUGUGGGAAAGAUUUUAGUGGGCGCACAGGUCUUAUUCAGCAUCAGAGAAUCCACACAGGUGAAAAACCCUAUGAAUGUGAUGAGUGUGGGAGGCCCUUCCGUGUAAGUUCAGCCCUGAUCAGACAUCAAAGAAUUCAUACAGCACAUAAGCUCUACUAAGAUGGUGAAGUAACAGAAAUUCUUUAGCUACUCAGGUCUCCUUAGAUACCAGAGAAUCUGCCUUAGGGACUGAGUAUCCUGAAUGCAGGCAAAGCUUCAGUCAUCAUGGAACAUUUCUCUGGCACCAGAGAAUCUAUCUGAGAAGAUUUCUUUUUCUUUCUAAAUUAGUUCAGUUUCUUAGGAAGCAUUUAAAGCUAUUACAGAAAACCUUGUCUGUUGACAAGACUGCUCACUUGCAGCCCAAAAUAACGAUGUUUCUUGGUUGAAAGAUAGUGAAUUCUGCUUCUCAAUUUUCUUUUUUACUUGACUAUUCUGUGUAUGACAUUAGGCAAAGCAUUCAUAUUUUUCUCUGCCCUCAUUUCCCCUUCUGUAGAAGACAUGGUAGAGGUCUGUUGUAUUAAGUUAAAGGUAUGCUGUAUUAAGUUAAAGCUGCUUCUCAAACGGUACUAUAUAUUUGUUUCCCAUCACUACUGAUAUAAUAGUCUAACACAGGGGGUGUAAUCGUUUUGUGGAAUUUGUUUGCCAAUGCUAAAAAAGAGGAAACCAUCAGAAAAGAAGCAGAGUAAGGAAUACAUUCAAGUGGAAAGGAAAGCAGUGAGUGAUGAGUAGAAGCUGCUGGGAAGGGAGAUGACCGUAAUGAGGAUAAAUCACUCCUCUUCUGAGUCUCAGGUCCCUGUAAACUGAGAGACAUGGGUAGGGAUUGGUCCAGAACUACACUGUCCAGUGUAGUAGCCAGGGCCCACACAUGGCUAUAUAAAUUUAAAAUUGAAUUCACUCAAAGUAGAGAAUUCUGUUCCUUAUCACAAGCAGCUAGCAGCUACUAAACCGGACAGCACAGACACAGGUCAUUUUUAUCAUUGCAGAGAGUUCUAAAGGAUGCUGUCUAACCACUCACCGGUAACAUGUCUUCCAGCUUACAUAUUGUGUGAUUCUGAGUUCAGGAAGGUAGUAAAAGAGACACCUAAGGAGACUGUAGUAGCAACAGGAGAUAAAAUACACACACUCUAAAAAAGGACUUAGUGAUAACUUUAUGGCACUUUUCCAGCCUUAAAAAAGGAGUGUAUUAUAACUGAAUGACUGAAGAUUAUUAAAGUAAAUAUAAUAACCAAAUAAUCUAAAUUGAAAGCUUAAGUUACUACCUCAUCUCUAAAACAAGAGUGUAACUACCUUUAUAAAGUAGCAUCCCAUCAGAUACCUAUGCUGAUAUGAAACUAGGACUCUCAGGAGUAUAAUAAACAAUCCAAUUUUUUUCUGUUUGGCUUGGAGAUGUAUUAGCAGUUCAUGUACUUGCAACAGUUUUAAAUCCCUAGUUUGAAAAUACUAUCACAUGACAUAAAUUGUGACUAGAGGCCCAGCACAUUCAAAUGUAUACCACCAUCAAACCGUGAAUCACUGGUUCUAGGAACAGCCAUCCCCAGAACAAGCAGGAAGGGAUCUAAUCUAUUCCUGGGGAAAAGAAGUACACACACUUUCUUCUGUAUUGUGACUGAGUAGUUAAACCACUACAGUCAUUUCUGUGUCUUUACUACUACUGGAAGAUGAAUCUUAAAAUCACUCCUUGAGAACCAACACGAUAAACUGAACUUUUAUAUAUUUUUAAUGUAAUGCUGCUUUAAAAAAAAUGUAAGUUUAUUCUGAAUGUCUACAUCAACUGGUAGAAAAUUUUAAAAAACAUCAAGUUUCAUACUCUUACUUGUUUUUAUGACUUAUAAUUAUCUGAGCCAUAUUUCAAAGCAUUAGAAACAGGAUUUUUUAAUGGUCAUGAAGAGAAAAGUAAAGUAUUAAAUCUUUAAUAUUAGAAACAUCCUUAUUUUAAAAAUAAAGCUGGAUGUUGAGUAAUAGCUUUUCCCCCUUUACCUUUUGUCUUGCUGGGAAACAAGCAUAGAAGCUGUUGGCAGUCGCUAUAAAAGAAAAGCUUGUAUUUCUGAUAUGAUCCCUUCUUGAAUUUAGAGACACUUCUGCAAUGGUAAGAAAGAUCAUUUUGGCUACCACAAGAUUAGGUUUCUUAAGAUUGAUAAAGACAUGACCUACUGAUUUUCCUUUAUCCUCUAUAUGCUAGAACAUUCUACUCAGAUAGUUUUGAAUACUAUUCUGGUCUUCAAGUUGUAUACGUUCAAAGGCUAGUGCAGAUUAGUUUGGAGCACUGAGACAGACCAUGCUACCCUUUUUUAGGUUUGGUGUUGAUUCCAAAUUGCCACCACAGUGUCCACCAUCUGAUAACAGAGGGAGGGACAGAAAUAUAUGGGGCCAGACACAGCCUAGAGUGCUGCAGGCGAGAGAAACCUGGGAUAAGUGCAGGUACAGGCAAAGGAGGCAAGAGGUUAAAGAUCUGAGUUGUUGCUGGUACCAGAAGCAGCAGAUGGUGGUGUCCUGUAAGUGUGUAGAAGCCCAAAGGAAAGACCUGGGGAGGGCGCUCAAGCACAGCCACUAUUACCAGAAGAGAAGAUGCAAUAUGGUAGGGUAGAUACGGCAACUACAGCUGCUUGGGUCUAGCAGAGAAAGUCUCUCUCAGUAUACAGCACCCACUCUAGAAGAACCCAGUUUCUCAAGCAGUUGUGUCAGAAGCAUAUGCGUUGCUCCUUCCAUCUUUUUGGAAAGAUUAGGAUUUUUUUUUUAUUUGAAGGAGGCAAGAAGUUGUAGUUUGAAGUUUUGUGAACUAACAAGACAGCUGUGAUUGUAAGAGGCACCUAAAGAGUGUAUGGGACAGGUCUCUUAGACACAGAUGGGGAUAGUGGUGAAGUGGUGAUUCUGAAUGAGGAACUAACAGCUCUGAAGGGAGGAAACAGAGUAAGUGCUGGGGGAGGAGGGGCUAUAGGAGGUAUGUAUGGGCAUUGGUGAAUAAGAUCAGGGAAAGGGAGAAAAUAAAAAGGAACAAGGAUACAGGGAAAAGAACAAAGAUAAAACAAGAGAUGGUGAUAGGGAGAGAGAAGAGUGUAACAAUCUAAUACUGGCAUCAGUUACACUUGAGCCUAGAUCACAGGAUACAAGCCAUACGAAGGAGAACAGAUGAGCUCCUUAUCCCAAAGUACACGGAAUUUCAUGAACACAGCCCAUAUCUAUCUUUAUCCAACAGGUCAUUCUCAUCCUGAGCAUGACAUUAUUUGUUUAUAACCAAAAAGUCCAUUAACAGUGAAAACACAACUAGAAACCUUGACAUCAACAAAACAAGCUGUUCUCCCCUAACUGACCCCACAAGUGAGUCAUGUUGAGGUUCUGAAGGAUCAGCUUGCUGUCUUUCUUCCUCAAAUCAUAUAGAGCAAGGUUUCUCCAUCUUGCUUCUGUUGACAUUUUCAGCCAGACAUUCCCUGUCCCCUGACUGGGCAGGGCGUUUAGGGGUAUUCCCGGCUUCCAACCCCUGGAUGCUACCACACCUCCUACUUGUGACAAGCAUUUUUUAAAUGGGAGAGCAAGUGCCCCCUUGAGGCAGAAUCACCCCCAGUUGAGAACUGGUCUGUAGGAAAAUAAUCUGAUUUCCAUAACUGUUCCUCACCAUAUACAGUAAGAGUCUACAUAGAGAUGGUGCUUAUAACCAGCACUGCUAGACCCUUCUCCUACC